CGUGUGGCCAGCUGUGUGUGUUCAGGUGCGGACACUCGUACCACGAACGCUGUAUGGACGUCACUACAACUCGCACCUGCCAUAUAUGUGCCUCUUACCUGCCUACUCGACAAGAACAAGUCACUCCUCGCGCCCCAGCCUCGACUUCAAUAAAUGAAACAAAGCAGACAUUGAAUGAAGACUUGAAGACUGGCGAGCUGACCGCAAAGCAGCGCGAGGCCGUGGGCAAGUUCAACGACUUGGCUGAGCGUGGAUGUCGAGUGACGUUGCUGGCAGAGCUCGCCGCUCAGCGUCAGGCACCUGACGCAGCGUAUGGCAGUGAAGUCGAGUCCUCAGCGCUCCAUAUCAAUUGGCUCUCUAAUAAGUUCCCUUUGAGGCUCGCACCUCCUCCACUGCACUAGCGACUGAGGCGCACCUUUCGCUUUAAUAACAAGUCUUUAUUUAUAUGCGGCGAUACGCCACCAAUGGCAGAAAAUAAAUAUACGAACUACACUAAUUUUUAUGUACAUACUGAAUGUACCAUGAGAAGUUAUUAUCAUUCAUAUUAAACCUGCGUCUUAUUAGUAUGCGACUCACUCUGUAUGUACCUACAUACUGAAUGGACCGUGAGAAGUCAUUGUCAUUCAUACGAGUCCUGCGUCUUAUUAGUAUGCGAAUUCGAAGCAGGUCUUUGGAAAUAUCGAUUCAAUUAUUUUUAAUAUUUAAUUUUCUGACUGGAACUCGUAAAAUGACUCCAAUGUUAUUUUUCGUCCUCUCACAGAUUGUUGCGGUAACUUUAGAUAAGUAUGUGUUAUUUAUUGCGUAUAGAAUAAAGAAUUUGUACGUAGACAAAUACCUUAUUGAUUUUCUCUAUCAUUCAGGUUUUAUUUAAUCUCAGGCCUUCAAUGAAGAGGUACGUUAUUGAAAUUCCUCUUUCUGCAGCAAGUUGUUUACCAAUUCAUCAUCGUCAUGAAUAAUGAAUCUUCAUUAAUCAUCCUGAGUGUGGAAAUGUAAUGCCAUGAAUAAUAAUCUAAAGACAUUUAUAUUCUCUCAGACUUACAUAAUCUGUGCCCAUUAUUUUAAAAUUUUUACCGAAGAAUGUAAUUAAAUUAAUGAAUCACUCGAUUCAUUAUUCGAUGGACGUGUCGGUAGUUUACUCCUCUUGUGACAGGACCAACAAAAUGACAUCACAAGAAGGAAGGUCUGAUUUGGCGGUUGCGGGCGCGCAUAUUAGAUAUCACCCGAAUUUCAGCUUGCCGAGCAACGUAAAAUUUGCUACCGUGCCUUUCAAGACGAAGUAACAAUUCAGUUAGUCACGGUUUUUCUCCUCUAACUAAUGGGUGCUUGAGCAGCAUUACGUCAAUUAUCUAUCGCUUGCGGUCGCGUGAAUUUCAAGUAUAAAAACGACAAAGUAGGGAAAUGAAACGAGACGCUCUUAAGGCAUGAGUUGCGAGAUCUUAUGAACGAAACACCAAUCGAAGAGCUUAGUUCUUAACAAAUACGGCCAACGACUCCUCGGUCCUCAUCUAGGUAUUAACGGAUUAGAAACCUGAGACAGCAUCAAGAUCUAAGAAAAAAUACUGGAUUCGCUUCAGCCAAUUACUUAAUUUAUAGAAAUUGAACUACCUUUUGACUAUUACUUAGGUUCUAACGUUAGAUACUUAGUGAUGAUAAAAGUGCCAGCGCAAAAAUUCAAACAAAAUUGCCAGGAAUGCUACAAAAGCUCCACGAAUAAGCCGACCAGAAAAUCUUGCAGCGAUGCAGGUAAAGCUAGCAGAUAUUUGUACCAAGUUAAAGAAUCACCUGGAGAACGAACAUGGCUAUGACUGCUAACUCGAGGUUACCAUUCAUCGGCUUUAACAUCAGACUCCUCGUUUUCUUUGCUUUCCCUUUCUUCAGCUUUGUUCUCUUCAGAUUCUUCGUCACAAUUAUCUUCCGUCUUUUUCUCCUCAGAUGUUGUGUCCUCCUGUAACAUUACAUGAAAAUUAAGCAAUACAGUCCGAGCAUGUAAGGCUCGGUAAUUAUG